GUGUAGAAUCGUUUGUGUUUUGCACCGGAAGCGGAAAGCGACACUAGUUAGGCUGCAGCAACUGUUAUGUGAAUUCGUGCCGCUCUUUAUCCUGCAGUUUCUGACAGAGAUCAGGCUGUCAAUUAAACUAUAAAAAAUAAUUUAUCCUGCAGGCUGCGUUGGCACUUGGCAAAGUGCCAUUACACAACCAUAAAAAAGUGCCAUUCGUGUUCUGAACAAUGUCUUGUUUGAACGACGGCGGCGUUGUUUAUAAGAAGCAUGUAAAGUGGUGUGCAGACGAUAUCGAGUUGUUCUUAGAGAUAUUCAAGAGGUACGAUGUACUAUGGAAUGUUCAUCAUGACGACUACUCCAAGUUCUCCAACAGCAUUAAGCGACAAAAAGCCCUUUUGAGACUGAAACAAGAACUCGUUUGUCAUGGGUUAGUCGUUCCCGAUCUUGCAUUUCUGAGGGCCAGAAUAAGGAAUAUUAGAGCAACAUACAGAAAUGAAUUAACGAGAAUAAUCUCUUCAAAAGCAAAUGGAGCUGCCGCAGAAGACUGGUAUGUGCCAAAGCUCUCUUGGUUCAGAAAGGCUGAUGCAUUUCUGAGAAUUGUUGUUACAACUCAACCAUCCCAGUCUAAAUUGAAAUCCACCCAUGAAGAUCUUGGAUUUACAGAAGAAGUAUCAGUAGCUCUGGAUUUAAAUGAAAAGCAAGAUACCCGAUAUCUCAAUGAUAAUAGCCUUGUAAUUAACGAGAGUACUGAAAGUGAAACAGCAACAUCAGUAAAACAGAACCAAAUUGCAAUGCCAACUGCAAAGAAGAGAGGGAUUUCAGAAAUUUCUAGAGAAGAAAAUGAAACUUUCUUAGAAACAGAAAAUAAAGCGGAAAAUUUGGUUAAAAGAAAUUUACUUGCGAUGCCAACUGCAAAGAAAAGAGGGGUUUCAGAAAUUUCUAGAGAGGGAAAUGAAACUUUCUUAGAAACAGAAAAUGAAAUGAAAAAAUUGGUUAAAAGCAAUUUACUUGCAAUUCCAACUGCCAAUACAAGUAGGAUUUCAAAACUUUCCAAAGUUGAGAGAGCUAUAGACAAAUUACAGAAAAUUGAUAAAAGUAAACCAUUGUGUUCCAAGAAAGUUUUGGAUGAAUAUGAUGUAUUUGGUCAACAUAUUGCCAAUCAAUUAAGAAAACUUCCUAUGAAAAGCUGGACAAUAUUACAAGAGAAGAUGCAGAGCCUCAUCACCAAAGAAAUACUAGAAAACGUAUCAGUACUUGAACCUAUCACUAAUAGUUCUACAUCCCCAUUUGUAAAUACAUCUUGGCACCAGUCAAGUGAGACAUAAGAAACUACCAUAUACCAUAAUACCAUUUGUCAUAAUACCAUAUAGGUGCCAUAAUGUCAUUCCCAUUUCUAAUGUACUAAAGGUUUGAGAUCUCAGAAUUAAUCAAUAGUUUCUUAUCAUGUGAUGACCAGAGCUGAGGUUUAUACCAUUUAAUCUUAUUUGCAUUGAAAGUUUUCAAGUAUAAUGUGAGAAAAUGUUGAUAAAUAUUUUUUUCACCUUGUCUUCAUUUUGGAUCUUAUUCAUCUGAGUGGGUCUUGAAUAAAGCUUUAGGUCAAGAUAAUACAAUUUUAACAUUGGUCUACAAACAUAA